CUCUCACUCGCUUUCGGUUUCGUUUCUGCUCCCCACACGUCUCGUCGCUGCUGUACACACACACGGGCUGCACUAUUUGCACUUAUCAAUCCAUUCAUGAAGCAGGAUUUUCCUUCUGCAGCAAUUCAGGUUUCUCAGAAACGCGCUUGAGAAGUAACAAGAGCGCAACAUGGCAACAUCGAGUUCAAAUGAGGAAACUGAGCAGAUGGAGAUGGAUGGGCCUGCUGAAGACAGAGAAAUGAAACAAACUCAAGAGCAUUCAGAAGAAGCAGGACAGUUGGGAAAUGAGAACCUUUAUCUGAGUAAGGAUGAAUUCAGGGGUGCAAAGACACCUACAGUGCCCCUUGGCAGUGAAAGAAUCCGUGUUGAUGUCGAAUGGCCUGAUGAAGAAAUGCCCAAAAAGUGGCAAACAUUAUUAGAGAAGGCGCUACAAACAAUGUUCAAUAAAACUUUCAAAAAUAAUGUUGAUGUGAAGAUGCUAAAGAUAAUGGAGAACAAGCGUUCUGCAGAGGUGGAGAUUACACUUGCUUCAGCAUUAGAAGAGCUGCUGGAGUUAAAAACAGCAGAGCUGGUGUUCAAGGACUUGAACAAGACUGUGAGGGUACAUUUUUCCCAGAUAAUAAAUACACCAGCUGACCCACCAAAAAUCCCAUCAUCUGAAAGAUGCCAGAAAAAUAUUCCUCUCAUUUCGAAAACGUUGGAGGUGGACCUUCCAGAACCCAAUGAACCCUUAUCUGAGACAGCAAAUAAGCAAAAUUGCCCAAAACUGAAUACAGCUAAUCUGAACUCUAGACCUGGCCAAGAAGAACAUAAUUUACUUUCCCUGCCUCCGUUUUACUACUUUUAUGUGAUGAAGGCCUGUGGAAAAGAAAUUGAAGAAAUCCAGAAUAGGUUUGGAGUAAGAUUUGAACCCAUGGUGUCAAUAUCAGUUAGUGCAGCAGAUCAGAAAGAAAACGGUACAGUUGAAAAAGCCCUUGGUGAGUUUACUGAGCUUGUCCAGAAGCGUUUUCCCAUCAGUGAAAUCAUCCUCGAUCCAGAAUGCAUAGGAGAAGUGUUAAAAGAGGUCCAGAUGAAAAACUCCACACUUCAGCUGACUGUGUCGGCACAGGGUUGCCAGCUGAGUGGUCCCAAAGAAACCAUAGACAGAUUUCAGAGAUUAGCACAAAUGCAGUCUAAUAUUCCAUCUACAUAUAAUCAGAGAUCACAAGCUGGGCUGUCUGAGACCUUGUUUAUUGAUGCUAAUCGAGACCCUCUAGCACGAGGAGUUGACAUGCUUCAUGUUCACUGGGAGUUCAUCCAGCAUGUGUUUGGAGAGAAAGUGGAAGCAAUCCAAAAUAAAUUUGGGGUGGUUUUUACGGAAAAUCAUUCCUCUGAAAAGAUAACAGUACGGGCUUCCUCACGUCGAGGGCAGGGUCCCUCUUUGGUGUUCCAUGCCCAUCAGGCACUGGUUGAUCUCUAUCAAAAAAUAGCCACUUCUUUAAUUAGCUGCACCUUAAAAAACCCAAAUCAGGAACAGACUGUCAAAGACGUCUAUGAAAACAUCUCUCAUCCUAAUGUAGCAGCAGGAAUGCUAAACGGACUCUGGAGGCUGAUUGGUCUACAGGAGGAUUUAGGUCCUGUAGUGAAGAAGAUUGAAGAACAAUUGGGUGGACCAGUCUUCAAUGAAGAAGACAAGCGUCGGUUGGCACACUCUGGAGACAUAGCCAGCAAAGACAGAGGGGCCACUAGGAGUCAAGCAACUGUGACCAAAGAGGAAAACUGUCCAAUAUGCAUGGACACGUUCACAAAGAAGACACGGUUAAGUUGCAACCAUGAUUUCUGUGAGGAAUGCCUAGAACAGUCAGUGAAGUCAAUGGGGCCCCAGUGUCCGGUGUGUAAGAAGAUAUUUGGAGUGAUAAAGGGAGACCAGCCUCCUGGAAAAAUGACAUGCCGUCGUACUGCCAACCCUCUUCCAGGAUUUUAUAACUGUGGCACAAUUGAAAUUACUUAUUGUAUUUACAGUGGAAUUCAGUCGAAAGAACAUCCAAAUCCUGGGAAGGCAUUCUCUGGAGUGAACCGGUCAGCAUAUUUGCCAGACAACAAAGAGGGAAAUGAAGUUUUGGAGCUGCUGAAGAGGGCUUUUGACCAGAAACUGAUCUUCACCGUGGGUGUAUCCAGGACCACUGGACUCUCAGACACAGUCACCUGGAACGACAUUCACCACAAGACUAAUAUGACAGGAGGACCCUUGUGCUUUGGAUACCCAGACCCUGACUAUCUGAAGAGAGUCAAGGAGGAACUUAAGGCCAAAGGCAUUGAGUGAAAAGCCAUUGAGAUGUUCCAGUAACCAGUUUCAUACAGACACAUACUCGAAUGACAAAACAAAUGUAAAGUGGAUCUGUUUGCCAAAAGAAAGAAUUAAUAUUAUUGAAACAUUUUGUUGCUGAAAUGCAGAGUGUAAUGGAAAAAGGGACUUUUAUGUAUAAUCCUAAAGUUGUCAUUACUUUUGAGUGUUUGGUAUUUGGGGAAGUUAGUCAGAAUGAUCAUUUGUGAGUUUCAUUCAGGGUUACAACUGGAUGAGUAGAUUGUUUUGUCAAGUUCGUUAA